CGAUUCCUGUUUGAUAGCGAGGAGGUUCAGAAGCAGACGGAGCCGGGAGGGAGCAGCGCAGCCCACAGCCCCAGAGUGCCUGAAUCAAGCAGCAGCUCUUCUGUUACCAUCAGCACACGCAGCCGCUGCAGCAACCGGGCUGGGACAGCGCCGCCAUCAUGGGGUAUGGAAGGUCAGACAGUUACCGCGUGGCUACCACGCAGGACAACAAAGAGGAAGACACCAAAUCAACCAAAUCAAAGAAGGACAUGGACGACCUCAAGAAAGAAGUCUCUAUGACAGAACAUAAGAUGUCAGUAGAAGAAGUAUGCAGAAAAUACAACACAGACUGCGUCCAGGGUUUGGCUCUCAGUAAGGCACAAGAAGUCCUCGCACGGGAUGGCCCCAAUGCCUUAACCCCACCUCCCACGACCCCAGAAUGGGUGAAGUUCUGUAGGCAGCUGUUUGGUGGUUUCUCAAUCUUGCUAUGGAUCGGAGCAAUCCUAUGUUUCCUGGCAUAUGGUAUUCAAGCAGGGAUGGAAGAUGACCCAUCAAAUGACAAUUUAUACCUGGGUAUUGUUUUGGCCGCUGUUGUCAUCAUCACUGGCUGUUUCUCCUACUACCAGGAAGCCAAGAGCUCCAAGAUCAUGGAGUCCUUCAAAAACAUGGUGCCUCAGCAAGCUCUUGUAAUACGAGAAGGUGAGAAAAUGCAGCUGAAUGCAGAAGAAGUAGUGGUUGGAGAUCUGGUGGAAGUUAAAGGAGGAGAUAGAGUUCCUGCAGACCUUCGAAUUAUCUCUUCACAUGGAUGCAAGGUUGACAACUCCUCCCUAACUGGUGAAUCUGAGCCCCAGACUCGAUCACCUGACUGUACUCAUGACAACCCACUGGAGACCAGGAACAUCGCAUUCUUCUCAACCAACUGUGUAGAAGGUACUGCACGAGGCAUUGUUGUUGCAACUGGAGACCGCACAGUUAUGGGUCGUAUUGCCACCUUGGCAUCUGGGCUAGAGGUGGGAAAGACCCCCAUUGCUAUUGAGAUUGAGCACUUCAUCCACAUUAUCACAGGUGUAGCAGUUUUCUUGGGGGUCUCCUUCUUCGUCCUGUCCCUUAUCCUUGGAUACAGCUGGCUAGAAGCCGUCAUCUUCCUGAUUGGAAUCAUUGUUGCCAAUGUGCCAGAGGGACUUCUAGCUACUGUCACAGUGUGUCUGACACUGACAGCCAAACGAAUGGCUAGGAAGAAUUGCCUGGUAAAGAACCUGGAAGCUGUGGAAACACUUGGCUCCACCUCUACCAUCUGCUCUGACAAGACUGGUACCUUAACACAGAACCGCAUGACUGUGGCCCACAUGUGGUUUGAUAACCAGAUCCAUGAGGCAGACACCACUGAAGACCAGUCUGGUGCAUCAUUUGAUAAGAGCUCAGCAACCUGGGUGUCACUGUCACGUGUCGCAGCACUCUGUAACCGAGCUGUUUUUAAAGCCGGCCAAGACAACCUCCCUGUACUGAAGCGAGAUGUAGCAGGUGAUGCAUCUGAAUCGGCUCUGCUGAAGUGCAUUGAGCUAUCCUGUGGCUCUGUGAAGCUCAUGAGGGAAAAGUACAGAAAGGUGGCAGAAAUCCCAUUCAAUUCUACAAAUAAAUAUCAGUUGUCCAUUCAUGAGACCGAAGACCCUAAUGAUAAUCGAUACUUACUGGUGAUGAAAGGAGCACCAGAAAGAAUUCUGGAUCGCUGUGCUACCAUUUUAAUCCAAGGAAAAGAGCAGUCUCUUGAUGAAGAGAUGAGAGAAGCUUUCCAGAAUGCUUACCUGGAGCUAGGUGGACUAGGAGAACGGGUGUUGGGUUUCUGUCACUUUUACCUUCCUGAAGAAAGAUACCCUAAGGGCUUUGCCUUUGAUGCAGAAGAUGUGAACUUUGCAACAGAUAAUCUUUGCUUCUUGGGCCUGAUGUCCAUGAUUGACCCACCCAGGGCAGCUGUGCCUGAUGCUGUUGGGAAAUGUCGGAGUGCUGGUAUCAAAGUUAUCAUGGUUACUGGUGACCAUCCAAUCACAGCUAAGGCUAUUGCAAAAGGUGUUGGUAUCAUCUCUGAGGGCAAUGAGACUGUGGAGGAUAUUGCUGCAAGACUUAACAUUCCUGUUAGUCAAGUCAACCCCAGGGAUGCAAAGGCCUGCGUAAUUCACGGAACAGAUCUAAAGGAUAUGGCUUCAGAGCAAAUAGAUGAAAUUCUCAGUAACCACACAGAAAUUGUCUUUGCUCGGACAUCACCUCAGCAAAAACUGAUCAUUGUGGAAGGCUGUCAAAGGCAGGGUGCCAUUGUAGCAGUGACAGGUGAUGGUGUAAAUGACUCCCCGGCUUUGAAAAAGGCAGACAUUGGUGUGGCCAUGGGCAUUGCUGGCUCAGAUGUAUCCAAACAGGCAGCAGAUAUGAUCCUGCUUGAUGACAACUUCGCCUCCAUUGUGACUGGUGUAGAAGAAGGUCGUCUGAUCUUUGACAACUUGAAAAAAUCCAUUGCCUACACACUGACCAGUAACAUUCCUGAGAUUACACCUUUUCUUCUCUUCAUUAUGGCGAAUAUCCCCCUGCCACUGGGCACUAUUACCAUCCUCUGCAUUGACUUGGGCACUGACAUGGUACCUGCAAUCUCAUUGGCAUAUGAAGCUGCAGAGAGUGACAUCAUGAAGAGGCAACCUCGUAACCCCAGAACAGACAAGCUAGUAAAUGAGAGGCUAAUCAGCAUGGCCUAUGGACAGAUUGGGAUGAUCCAGGCAUUAGGAGGCUUCUUUAGUUACUUUGUGAUCCUGGCAGAGAAUGGUUUUCUCCCAUCAGGUCUCUUGGGCAUCAGGUUAAAGUGGGAUGACCGGACAUGCAAUGACCUAGAAGACAGCUAUGGACAACAGUGGACCUAUGAACAAAGGAAAAUUAUUGAAUUCACUUGCCAUACCGCCUUUUUUGUCAGCAUCGUGGUUGUACAGUGGGCUGAUUUAAUCAUCUGUAAAACCAGGAGGAAUUCUGUUUUCCAGCAAGGAAUGAAAAACAAGAUUUUGAUUUUUGGUCUGUUUGAGGAAACAGCCCUAGCUGCCUUCCUUUCUUACUGCCCUGGCAUGGAUGUUGCUCUCCGAAUGUAUCCUCUGAAACCAACCUGGUGGUUCUGUGCCUUCCCCUACAGCUUUCUGAUCUUUGUCUAUGAUGAAAUGCGUAAACUGAUACUGCGCAGGAAUCCUGGUGGUUGGGUGGAGAAGGAAACCUACUACUGAACACCAUGGCAUCGACUUCUUUCAGAGACCAUCCACUCUUUCUACUACAACUCACAGCUCCAUAGUGCUUCUACCAGGAAAUGCCACAGGGAAAAAGAACAAAACCUUUCAAAAGUCCCCCAGAUAUGCCCCUGGCUUCGGUUUUGCACUUUUUUUUUGUUGUUUUGUUUUUAAUAUUCAUUGUAAAGAAUCAUUAGUUUCAGUCAUCUUAUAUUUUUCUGUAAAUUUUACUAGAGAAGAUAUUUUUUAUUUGAACUUUGGCUGACCAAAGGUGACCAGUGAACUGCGCAGAAAUGCGGGCUGCCCUGCAUCUGCCUAGCAUUUUGAUUUAAUAAUGGGAGUGUGGAUGUGAUUUUUAAUUUUUUAAUGAGGAUAAAAUGGUUUUCUUUUUAUCCUGAGAAAUUGAGAUAAGGGGAGGGAAAUUUCAUGUUUAGGUAAUUUAGUCAAAAUAAAUAAACUGAUGUACUAUUUAAAUAAUUUUACAUAUGUACAGUGACAGAAUAUAGGCCAGGAAAGGCCUCUCAGAAAUACACCAAAACUGUAGUAGUUUGUUAAAAGUAUCAGUAUGCGACGCAGCAUGAUUGUGCCAUUUGACCCCAUUAAAGCUAAUGCAAAGACUCAGAGCCAUCAGAGGAGAUGAAGCACAGUUAAAAAGAGUCCAUAUUCAUCUUCUUCCUCCAUGUGGACUGGCUAGCCUACAUCAAGUAUCCUAGUGGCUGGGUAGAGGAAAGGGACCAGGCAAUAUGUCAAACUAUAUCCGUCCUCUAAGUAACAUCUUGUAUACAAUGUCAGUCUUAUAGGCUAUGCUUCAGUCACGGAAGUUAACUGCAUUCAUGAUCUGCCUGUGUGGGUUCCAGGAGGCACAACUGCUUUGUUGCUAUUAGAUCAAAGCAUGCUGUUUACAGAUUUUAGAAUCAAGUUAGCAAUCCAUAUUUCACAAAAGCCAUCUGUAGCUAAAAACUGAAUAUGGAACAUUUUUUUUUUUCAUUUUCAAGUUUCAGUGGUUAUAUAGUGUUUGUCACCAUUCUUUGUGGUUACAAAGAUAAGGGUAUAUAUUUGUAACUGUUUUUCCAGAUGAUAUGGGCAGCCCAGUCACGUGUGUCAUUGUGGCCACUACUCAUCUGGUGCCUGCUUACAAUAAAAAAAAUAAUAAAUAAAAAGUAACUAAAUAUGAAUUUAAAACAAUAAGGGAAACAUAUGAGUAAGUGAAAGAUCAACAUUUUAAAAGAUGAGUUGUUUUAGGGGGUCUUCCUCACAAUGUAGCCUCAUUUCCUGUCUGUCCUUUAAUUUGUUCCUGUGAGAAGAUUUUUCCCAGUGUGAAAGGUUCCACAUAUCCAUUCUCAUCCAGGAAGAGGAGAUACUGCAGAGAUUCCUUUUCCAUCCACUACAUGUUUAGGAGAUGGUUAGAGGGAUCUUAUCUCCUCCGUCACUGUAAAUGGGACAUCAGGUCCCGAAAGUGCAAGAUGUAUCUUUUUCAUACAAAACAAAAACAAAAUGUGUGACUUUGUGAUGUCAUUGCUCCUUCUUGCCCCUAUUUUUGUGUAGCAAAUUUUGUCCAGAUCUGCUCUAAAUUAAAAAAGGAAUGUUAAAUGUGUGAACAGUUCUCAAAAUUUAAAGAAAAUAAAAACAGUAAAUUUAAUAUGA